AUGCCUAUUUUUUAUUUCCAUCAACAGAAAGCAAUUGAGAGUGCUUCCAGUUAUUGGGAGAGAACAUUGGUUGUUAAUGUAACUAAACAAGAAAUGUUACUCGUUCGUAGAGGAUGUAUAAACUAUCGUCUAUUAAUUCCUGGAAAAGACAAACAAACCUACUGUGAUAAAGAUGGAUGUGAACAUAGUGAAGAAUGUUACGAUACUAAAAUUCCUGAUGAGUAUUUAUCUGCAUGUUAUCAACGCAAAUCUAAUCAAGAUGUAAUGGUAUUUUCUGAAGGGAAAGGAAUAGCUCCAAAUGAAUUAUUAAUUCUUGUGAAAAAUAUACAUAAUGAUACAUGUGGUGAAGAUGUAAUUGCAUGGGCUUCAUUUUGUGAAAAAGAUCCAACCACAGGAAGGCAAGGAUUCCAUCCUGACAUCUUUUAUUCGUUACCGGAUUUAAAACCUGAAUUUCGAUUACCCAAUAAAAAAAAACAAGAUAUUCAACCAUUUUGUGAUAAUCCAGAACAUCAAAAAUGUUUAAAUUAUGAUAAAGCAAUAGGUUAUUGUGUAAUAAAACAAAUGAAAAAUGAAUUACCAUUACCUUAUCAAUAUAUCGAUAAUACAUUUAAUGUAUCAUAUGAAAAUCGAACAUAUUAUGCUGGUUCUGAAAUGUUUGAUUAUUGUCCUACCUAUGAAAUGUUUCUACUAAGCGAUGGUCGACCAUCAGUAUGCAGAUUCAGUCGGAACUUAAAACCAGAUCUAAUAAAUAAUGCAUAUCUGGAGGAUCUGGGUCCAGAUUCAACCUGUUUUGAUCACGGGAAGUUCGUGAGACAAAAUAAAACAUCCAGGCAAACAUAUUCUAGAACGUCUUCAUGUCAUAAAUUUAAAUGUUCAAAGAAUGCUGAUAUUCAAGUGAUUAUAAAUGGAAAGAGUUUCCCGUGUCGCUCUAGAACUGAACCAACUCCUUUGAAGUUGGAAGUACAAAAUGUUGAAUUUUCUACGGAUAUAUAUUGUCCACAAUGUCAAUCUAUUUGCAAUGUUAGUUGGAGUGGUUCCCUAUGUGCAUUAUUAUUCAUAUAUGUAUACUUCUCAUGUUGUCAUAUAAUGCAAGUUGACCUAGAUGAAUGUACAAAAAAUGUUCCAUGA